GUAGUAGUAUUUUUCAUAGUGCAAUACAAUUUUUGUGUAGUUUUGUAACUUUUAUUUUUUCCAAAUUUUAGUGUUCUUUUUUCUGAAUUAUAGUGUUUUACUUUUAUACCCACCUUUCAUUCUUGUAGUCCUGAGAUAUGACCAGUUUGAUCCCCAUUUUGCUGGCUUGCUUCGUGCACUUGAUGCUGCACACCACGCUCUUCAUCCAUUUGGAACCAAAUACCUUCGAGGACACUCCUAUUUUCGGAAGUCAGAUAUUCUAUUUGUCGGUGAUGGACCUGCUGUGCUCCUGUGAGGUGAUUCCCGAACACUGGAAAAGCAUUCCUCGGUGGGGAAAGUUCAUCCUGGAGACCAUUGUCGUGUUCUUUAUUGGCGAAAUUUCCAUGGUGGGUGUGUGGCUCUCCAUGGAGCUGCUUCUCGUCGAGCUGAUCAUCCAGUUUCUCUAUUGGACGGGACUGGUCAGCACCUUUAGUCGUAGAUCGCAAAUGUUAAUCAUUGAGAUCAGCACAGUUCUUCUCGGCAUUAUCUUCUCGGUGAUUGUGGCUGUGAUCACAAAUCGACCCGCUCAACUCAAAAAAAUAGGACGCGACCUCUGGGGAAUUACCAAUAAAUAUAGAAGGGAAAGCUUGCCAGCAAAGAAAAAAGUAUCAGGAAUCGAUUCGUCUGAAUCAAAGAUAUGACAAUAGGAAAAGGUAUUUUGGGAGACCGCAAAAGCUUUUGUAUAAUUCUUAAUAGCAUUAUGUUUCUAAAUCUUUUGUAGUCAAUAAAUUUUCUGUGACUUUUA